GAAAUCCAGUUCCCCUCCCCCACCUCAGCUCAUGCCCCAGCCCCCGAACUCCGGGGCUGCCAGCCCCCGGUGCCCCCGCCCCUCCUGAAAAUUGGGGUGUGCUCCCCAAACCCCAUUCCCUACAUUGGGGACCCCCUUUUUUGGCCCCUUUUUCCUCCCUCCCACGCUCCCCUCCCUUUCCCUUCUCCAACCCCCUCUUUCCCCUCUCACCCCUCCCCCCAUCCUGGCCCCCCCUGCAAAAGUGGGGUGCGGAGGGGGGAGGGGUGAGAACCCACCAAGGGGAGGAAGGAAAUUCCGAUGAAGUCAGAGCCCCUUACCCGCCACAGCGGCCAGGCCCCCCAACAUGGACUGUCUCUGUAUAGUGACAACCAAGAAAUACCGCUACCAAGAUGAAGACACGCCCCCUCUGGAGCACAGCCCGGCUCACCUCCCCAACCAGGUAAACGCCCCCGAGCUGGUGCACGUGGCGGAGAGGAACUUGGCCCACCUCGAGGCGGUCCACGGGGUCGUGGGCCACGCCCACCUCUCCCCCAUCCAGGCCAAUUCACCCCCUGUGAUUGUCAACACAGAUACCCUAGAAGCCCCAGGAUAUGAGUUGCAGGUGAAUGGAACAGAGGGGGAGAUGGAAUACGAGGAGAUCACGCUGGAAAGGGGUAACUCAGGUCUGGGCUUCAGCAUCGCAGGUGGCACUGACAACCCACACAUUGGUGACGACCCAUCCAUUUUCAUCACCAAGAUCAUUCCUGGUGGGGCUGCAGCCCAGGAUGGUCGCCUCAGGGUCAAUGAUAGCAUCUUGUUCGUAAAUGAAGUGGAUGUGCGGGAGGUGACUCACUCUGCUGCCGUGGAGGCCCUCAAGGAAGCUGGCUCCAUAGUCCGCCUCUACGUCAUGCGGCGGAAGCCCCCAGCUGAGAAGCUCAUGGAAAUCAAACUCAUCAAGGGACCUAAAGGUCUUGGCUUUAGCAUCGCAGGGGGUGUUGGGAACCAGCAUAUCCCAGGAGAUAAUAGCAUCUAUGUGACGAAGAUCAUCGAAGGGGGUGCGGCCCACAAGGAUGGGAGGUUGCAGAUUGGAGACAAAAUCCUGGCGGUCAACAGUGUGGGGCUGGAGGAUGUUAUGCACGAGGAUGCUGUAGCAGCCCUUAAGAAUACAUACGAUGUCGUCUACCUAAAGGUGGCCAAACCCAGCAACGCCUACCUGAGUGACAGCUAUGCUCCUCCAGAUAUCACAACCUCUUAUUCCCAGCACCUGGACAACGAGAUCAGUCACAGCAGCUACCUGGGCACAGACUACCCCACAGCCAUGACCCCCACUUCCCCUCGGCGCUACUCCCCAGUGGCCAAGGACCUGCUGGGCGAGGAAGAUAUUCCCCGAGAACCGAGGAGGAUCGUGAUCCACCGGGGCUCCACAGGCCUGGGUUUCAACAUUGUGGGUGGCGAGGAUGGUGAAGGCAUCUUCAUCUCCUUUAUCCUGGCUGGGGGCCCUGCAGACCUGAGCGGCGAGCUACGGAAGGGGGACCAGAUCCUCUCGGUCAAUGGUGUUGACCUUCGUAAUGCUAGCCAUGAGCAGGCUGCCAUCGCCCUUAAAAAUGCAGGCCAGACGGUCACAAUCAUCGCUCAGUACAAACCGGAAGAGUACAGCCGAUUUGAGGCCAAGAUCCAUGACCUCCGGGAGCAGCUCAUGAACAGUAGCCUGGGCUCAGGGACCGCCUCCUUGCGAAGCAAUCCCAAGAGGGGUUUCUAUAUCAGGGCACUGUUCGAUUACGACAAGACCAAGGACUGCGGUUUCCUGAGCCAGGCCUUGAGCUUCCACUUUGGGGACGUGCUGCAUGUAAUUGAUGCCAGCGAUGAGGAAUGGUGGCAGGCACGGCGGGUCCAUUCCGACAGUGAGACCGAUGACAUUGGCUUUAUCCCCAGCAAACGGCGGGUUGAGCGACGAGAGUGGUCAAGGUUAAAGGCCAAGGAUUGGGGCUCCAGCUCUGGAUCGCAGGGUCGAGAAGACUCCGUUCUGAGCUACGAGACAGUGACGCAGAUGGAAGUACACUAUGCUCGCCCCAUUAUCAUCCUUGGGCCCACCAAGGACCGUGCCAAUGAUGAUCUUCUCUCCGAGUUCCCCGACAAAUUUGGAUCCUGUGUUCCUCAUACGACACGGCCCAAGAGGGAGUAUGAGAUAGAUGGCCGGGAUUACCACUUUGUGUCGUCCCGGGAGAAAAUGGAGAAGGACAUUCAAGCGCACAAGUUCAUUGAGGCCGGCCAGUACAACAGCCACCUGUAUGGAACCAGCGUCCAGUCCGUGCGAGAGGUGGCCGAGCAGGGGAAGCACUGCAUCCUCGAUGUCUCAGCCAAUGCCGUGCGGCGGCUGCAGGCGGCCCACCUGCACCCUAUCGCCAUCUUCAUCCGCCCCCGCUCCCUGGAGAAUGUGCUAGAGAUCAAUAAACGGAUCACGGAGGAGCAAGCCCGCAAAGCCUUCGACAGAGCCAGCAAGCUGGAGCAGGAGUUCACAGAGUGCUUCUCAGCCAUCGUGGAGGGCGACAGCUUUGAGGAGAUCUACCACAAGGUGAAGCGCGUUAUCGAGGACCUCUCAGGCCCUUACAUCUGGGUCCCAGCCCGAGAGAGACUCUGAUUCCUGCCCUGGCGUGGCCUGGACUUGCCCUGCACCCGCCGCCUGGGCCCCAUGGUCUGGACUCAGUCGCCCAAGCCCUUCACACCCCUGCCCUGCCCGCCUCCCUCCCACCCUUCUUAUUUAUUUCCUUUCUAACUGGAUCCAGCCCACUGGAGGGGGAACACUCCUCUGCAUGUAUCUCCGCACCCCAGAACUGGGCUCCUAAACCCUAGAAUUCUGGGGUCUGGGGGGGGCCAGGCUCCCGGUCCUGAGCCCUUGUUCCUUAGGACCCCCUACACUCUGCCUGCCCCCAAUGCACACACAAACCCACUGGGGGUCACCUGCCUUCCCCCAUCCCUCCCCCACACAUUCCAGAAGUCAGUGCCCCAUCCCGGAGCGGCGCUGCACUGCGGCUGCUCUCUCCUAAGGAAGGGUCUGGUGUCACCCCUGCCCCCACCAUAACUUCCCAUGUCCCUUGAUUUCUCAUUUAAUUUUUCCAUUUUUUCUUCUCAAAGGUGGUUUUUGGGGGGAUAAGUGGGGGGACUCGACUGUGGGCCCCCUGCCUUCCACAUGCCCCCCACCUUUUUUCUUUGCCGGUUUGCAUGAGUGGAAGGUCUAACUGUGGCUUUUUUUUUUUCUGGGAUUUUUUUUGGGAGGGAAGGGGAGGG